UAGCAGUUAGUCGUUGAAUAAUAAUCUCCGGAAGAGAUACUCAGCCAAGCAUAGUGAACGAAAACUUAUCGAACGAGAAUACAGAUCAGAACGAAAACGAGAUAGUGAUUUUCUAUAAACGAUAUAUUAUUAUUUAAAUUUUCCAAUACAAACAGUGCUGUGAACAUAAACAUGAAAGCAAUAGCAAAGGUCAUCAUUUUUAUAGCAGGCGUUUCGCUAGUAGCAUGCAUCGUCGGUGCUGCCAUAUAUAUAGAAAAACAUGGCCUUCCUCACACAGAACUGUUUACGCUCAACGCAUGGAAACACAACGGCACUAAUCAAGAGCCAAACGAUACAAGUGGACGCAACGGGACAACCCAAAUGCCGAACGACACGAGUUCAGAAAUAGAAGUUGCUGAACCUACCACAACAUACGAUCCGGAACCCAGUCAGGAAACAGAACAUCCAAGACGUACAAAACGAGCCAUAAUUUUCCGACCCUUAUUCGUCUACCGUCAACAGCAGGUCAAGAAACAACGCCUCAGAGAAGCGCGAGAAGAGCGAAGAACCACAACCACGACUACACGGCCGAGAACGCAGAGACCUAAAUACGCAUCCAACUAUCCAUACAUGCGGAUGCGAUAACCUAAUCUAACGCGCCUCGCUAUGUCAUACUUCCCGAAAACAUGAUAAGUACAUAAUGCCAAACAAUCCAUAAACAGGGAAUAUGAUUGAGUUAGUGCUAGGGAAUAGAUUACGUAACCAUAGAAGCUCUCAAUCCACCAAAUCACUUCGUGUGGAGCCACCCAGACUGUUUUGUUGUGCUUGAGUUAUCAUAUCCUAAUUUGCGCAUUCGUGUGAACCGGUUGAAAAUCUUGCGAUUAAGACGUUUUCCAUGCCAUGGUGGCGAUUAGCAUAUGCGGAUAAACAAGUAUGGCGGAAAUAGUGGCUUGAAAUGUGAUAAAUAUGUACGUCAGUGACAUUACUUUUUACACUUCCUGGUGUUCCUUUUAUUUAUUAUGUCUUUUUUAAAUUUUUGUAAUAAAACUGUUUUGUAAAAAAUAA